CCUCCAUCCUCCUCAUAAAUCUAUUGGUUGUGGUCUCGGCUCCACCAUCCAAUGCUUUGCUGAUCAGACUGCAGUUGUAUUUCGGGGAAGUUGGCAGCCGGCUGCUCACGGCGAAAGGCUCUCCUCUCUCUCCGGCGCUUGGACAGUGGAAUUAUGAGCAGAGCUGAACCAGCCUCUAUCACCCUGUAUUGAAUCUGUUUCUGUUUCACACCGAGAAUAAUUGAACCGACCAUGGAGAUUGGAGUGCGCAUCUUCUUGGCGUUCCUCGUCCCUCAGGUUGCCUCCGUAGGCGGCCAAAAGGAGGUAGGCCCUGAGGGCUGUGUGCCAGGCUUCGAGGUCAAACACUACCAGGUGGCGUACAGUGGACCAUUCCAGAAAGGCCAGUCGCUUCUACGAGUUGAGUUUGAUGACUGCGCGGGGAACGAGAACCUGAAGUUUGAGGUGUCAGACCCCAGCUUCCUUGUGGAUAAAGAUCUGAAUCUGGUUGCUCAACGUGAAGUCCUCACCUGCGGGCCCGUCCUGCUCGUCCACGGGCUGAGUGCACAUGCAGAUGACACGGCACAGGUGGAAGUCAAUGGACUGCCAGGUCACUCGCAGCACACACUCAGGGAUAUCCUGGGUGUUGGUCAGACACUGCCACACAGAUCUAAGAGAUCCCUGCUGGUCCCACCUGUGAUCAUAACUGAGAACCAGAGAGCCCCUUUCCCCAAGGUCAUUGGCCGGUCUCAUGUGAUUUCAACAGAGAAGCCUGGAAACCAUAUCUUCAGACUGACAGGUCCUGGUGCUGACCAGGAUCCCAAAGGUCUCUUCACCAUCGACAUAGACACAGGAGAAGUGUCAGUCAGCCGCUCAUUGGACCGGGAGGCCAUUGACUCCUACCAGCUGGAAGUGUCAACCACGGACUUCGAGGGAAACCUUGUCGAGGGACCGGCCAUUCUCAUGAUCACUGUCAUCGACCAAAAUGACAACCGGCCUAUUUUCAAAGAGACACGUUACACAGGAGAAGUGCUUGAGGGAUCCCCGUACGGAACCAUCGUGAUGGCGAUGACAGCGCUGGAUGCAGACGACCCGGCCACAGACAACGCCGCACUACGCUACAGCAUCGUCAGGCAGUCACCGGACAAGCCGUCCUCCAGCAUGUUCUACAUCGAUGAAGAAAGAGGCGACAUCGUCACACACAUCUCCCCUACGUUACUGGACAGAGAGACACUACCAACCACGACGUAUGAGUUGGAGAUUGUGGCCAAGGACAUGUCGGGAAGAGAAGUGGGCCUGACAGGAACCGCCACAGCGACCAUCACCAUCACAGACAAGAACGACCAUGCUCCUGAGUUCACACAUCCACUGUUUGAGGCGUAUGUCUAUGAGGGCUCGACAGGCGUGGUGGUCAACCUGACGGUAGACGACAGAGACGACCCAGCCACCGGGGCGUGGCGAGCAACCUACUCCAUCAUCAACGGAGAUCCCGAGCAGAGCUUCGAGAUCCAAACCAACCCAGACAACAACGAGGGCAUGCUCUCUGUUGUCAAGCCUCUAGACUACGAGGCCACGGCUUUCCACACGCUACUCAUCAAAGUAGAGAAUGAGGAUCCUCUGGUUCCAGACGUCGGCUAUGGCCUCAGCUCUACAGCCACGGUCCACGUCACAGUCCAGGACAUCAACGAGGGCCCUGUCUUCUUCCCAGACCCCCUGGUAGUCACCAGGAUGGAAAACAUCCCUGUGGGAAGCUUAGUGGCUUCACUCAACGCUACAGAUCCAGACAUACUACACAUUCAGAGCAUCAGGUACGCUGUCCUGCGAGACCCAGCAGGCUGGUUGAGUGUGAACCCUGUCAGAGGAACUGUCAACACGUCAGCCCCGCUGGACCGCGAGUCUCACCAUGUCCAUGACAACAAAUACACAGCUGUCUUCAUCGCCACAGACAACGGCUUUCCUCCAGCCACAGGAACUGGCACAUUGAUCAUCUACCUGGAGGACUUCAACGACAAUGCGCCGUAUGUGGUGCCAUCGGAAGCACGAGUGUGUGAAGACACCCAUGACAUGAAUGUGGCCCUCGUUGGGGGGAGGGACAAGGACCUCCCGCCCAACGCUGCCCCCUUUAAGAUAGAGCUGGGGAAACAGCCUGGCCUUGAUAAAACAUGGAGGGUUACCAGGGUGAACUCCACACACUCACAAAUCAUGCUCCUGCACAGUCUGAAGAAAGCCAACUACCAGCUCCCGCUGAUCAUCACCGACUCAGGGGUGCCCCCUCUGUCCAACAGCACGGAAGUCAAAGUCCAGGUGUGCGUCUGUAAGAAGAACAAGAUGCACUGCAGCUCCGCCCACUCCCACCUGGCCAGCCUUCGGGUGCUGCUCGCGACACUCCUGCUGCUUGUCCCACUCUGCCUGUAGAUUCUGCUGAAACCUCUCGUAGUUCUUUUUUGCAACACUGAAAAGCAACGACUUAUCUCCCUCACGCAACCCAGGCUAAGGAGAGAAGAAGACGACGAAAAAAGAAGAUGAAGAAGCGAGAAGAAGCUUUCUCACUCCAACAAAUCAAUCGAGAAAAUAGAACACACAAUCCCCACAGGAAUAACUGCUGUACAGAACCACUCGUUUGCAUUUUUUUUCUCUCCGCCUGGCACUCUUGUCUCCUCUUCAUCUUCCCUUUCCUUGUUGCAUCUAUCCUUCCCAAAUUCAGGUCAUCUUAUCUCACAUGUUCUACACACUGUACUUAAUAACGAAUGUCAUGUUUAUCUUAUUCAUCCAUCCUCUUUACACUUUCUGUGCCAUCGAUUAUUCCAUUUAUUUGUGUGUUUUUACUCUGCUCCAUUUUGGCACUGCACCAUCACGCUGGCAGGCAAACGUUGUGUUAGCAGCAUUCAUGGCAACAUGCCACAUUGUAGGAGAUACUUGAAACAACAUGUCUAUUGAUAUUGUAACAAAACAAAAGCUAUAAAUCAAUUCCACAUUAAACCUCACCUUUAUCCUCUGCUCUUUAUCUUCACUUUGUUCUUUAUUUUACUCCUCUGUCACUCUGUCUCCUCCCAUAGCUACCUCUAUUUGUUUUUCUUUCUUUCUCCAUCUGCACCAUCCAUCCUUCCUUUACCCUCUCCAUACAUUGUCCACCUUUCCAUCUGCCUCUCUCUCCCUAACCUCCCCCCCCCCCCCCCCCCUCCAUCUAUCGACCUCUCUCCGUCUCUGGGUGGGCCCGGGAACACUGCGAAGGCUGAGCUACUGUCCCGGUCGUUGAGCAUUGACUUUUUGAUGUGUUCCUUUAUUUUCCUCGUCACAGACUGUGUUUGAUCUUGUUUCCCUCUUUCAGCGGAGUGAACAGAGCGUGUUUCUUUGUCUGCGGUGGUUGUGGUCUUUUAGGACAAGGUGGUAGCCAUAAGCCUUCAAAGCCAGAAUGUCUCUGGAGUCCUUUCUUCGAUUUGCUUCUGUUUUAUUGCGUUAGUUGUCAUGGAGUGGAAAACGGUAUAUCUUUAUAGUAACGGUGUAAACCUAAAAAAAAAAAAACUAUUAUAUAAAUAUUUUAUUUUUUACCAGUGUAUAAAUAUACAGUAUUGAUUAACUUAUGUACUUUGAUUGCAAGUUUUUUUUUGUCACCCACUCAGUGAGUAAAUAAAAAGGGGGAACUUUUUUUGUGGAUUUUAGGCACUCUUUCUAAUGCUAUCGACGUGUUGACUUUUACUGUAACAUCUUUUUAUGGGUUUGUUUUUGUCAUUAUUUCGAAAGCUGUGAUUAAUGACAGAACAGACGUCUUGCUUUGGUAACUGCCAUGUGUUUUUGGUCCAUCUACUGUUCUCUCUCUCUCUCCAUGUGUCACAAAGAAGAUGUGUAAGAAGAAAUCGAAGGCUGUGGUUUUGGUGGAUAGUUUUGCUUUUUUUUUUCUCUUGUGCUCAUUAAAAGAAGGUAGCCUGUGUGGGUUCAUGUGGAAGACCACCGUAAAGAAAAAGAUGACAUUUUGAAUGAGUUAUGUCUGUCUUUUGCACUAAUUUAAUAAAGCCGUUACUGAAAAUUCA